GAUCUUUGAGGACUGUUUGUGUUUAGAUGAAAUGGACUUCACUCCGGAAGAACAGAUAAAAAGGAAAACGACCAGUGAUGGAGAGAAAAUUGUUUGGUUGUGCUUUAGCUCGUUGCGAUUGCCUUUGCUGAGAAGAAUAAAUCUGACAAAUAGCAUCAAAAGGCGAAUGCCAAAUGGGAAUUUAAAGAAGAACAGAAAAGAAAAGAAAAAACCCCUCUUCUCAGAUCGGACAAAUGGGGGGUUUCAACAAAAUUUCCAUUUUUCUUCGCUGCUCUUGGUCUACGAAUCAGAAGAGCAGCUGCUGAAUCACAAAUCUGGGUUUUACACACAAAAUUCAAUGCUUCCCUUACCCACCCACCCACCGACUCUGCCCAUUUCAAAAGCUGCCGCUGUACUCUGCACAAAUUGGGGCAAGAUUGUCUCCAACACAAUGCGUGCCCCUUUUGGGCCCUCUGAUUGAUGAAGAAACAUGCAUUGAUUAAUCAAAAAGACUACUCAGUUGGAACUUGCUUUAACAAGGGCUCAAUCAG